AUGUCGAAUAGUCCAGCUCAAAAUAAUUCAAUAAUAUCUGAUAUUACUGGCGCGCAAAAACAGAAUGUUUUUCUUCAAGUCAAAGUUCCUGAAGUCAGUGGAUCUAAUGAAAAAAACGCAACGCCAUCGUUUGAAAGCAUAGUCGAGAGCGCUGAAGAUGAUCAUCUUGACAGUGACUAUCAGUUACAACAAAUACUUGAUUGUAUUUUACCUCCGAGAGUUUAUAAAGAAAAUGGAACUGUGUGGAAGCAACAAGCUUCACUUCAGCCAGCGACUCGUUUAGAUAUGAUAAAUUUGGAAGAAAAAUUGGAAAAAGAGUUGAAAGAACGAGGAGCGAAACCAUUUGGCAUUUGUCCUAUACGACGAGAUUUGUAUAAUCAGUUUUUUGAUGAACUCAUUCGUCAAGUCAGUGUUUCUUGUGCCGAGCGUGGGCUGUUGUUGGUUCGAGUCCGUGACGAAAUCCGAAUGACGAUAAUGGCUUAUCAAACACUAUUGGAGUCUGCAAUUGCAUAUGGUGUUCGAAAAGCUUUAUAUAUUGAAAAUGAGCAAACGCGAGCCGCAAGUGAAUGGAAAUUAGAGAAAGAAAAGAAUAAAGAACUGCUCUUAAAGAUAGCGCAACUGGAAAAGAAAAUGGCGAACGAUAAAAUAAUGAGCGAAGAAGAGUUAGCAAUUGUUGAACAACGUAUGAAAGACACAAAUGAACGAUUAGUAGAGUCAAAUCGUGUCUUAAAGAACCAAUUACAAUCAAUACUUCAAAUGGACGACAUGUCUCACAUUAAACUUGGAGAUACCACUGUUGAUUAA